GCGCUCCUCGGACCAUGUGCCCGAUGUUGAGCAGCGGGGAGAGGCAGAGAGGCCGAAGAGGCAGCAGGUGAUCAGUCCGGCGCCAGCCAGCGUUACGUUUGUCGCUUCUCGAACUUUCUCCGCGGUCGUUCGCCCUCAAUUCACGGAUCCAUGGCUGGACUGGGCAAGAGGCUAGUGCCGCUGCUGGACCGCAUCCUGGUCGAGAGGUUCGUGCCGGAGGCCAAGACCAGGGGGGGCAUUAUGAUCCCCGAGAAGGCCCAGGCCAAGGUUCAGAGCGCCACCGUAAUCGCCGUCGGCACCGGGGCGCGCACGGAGGUGAGCUGCCCGCUCGGUCCGCCGUCUGCACGUGCUCUCGGAGGAGCCUCAAUCCGUCCUUUCCCGCAGGCGGGGCAGACCAUUCCACCGGCCGUCAAAGCGGGGGACAAGGUGCUGCUGCCUGAGUACGGGGGAACCAAGGUCGAGAUCGACAACAAGGAAUUCUACAUCUUCCGGGACAGCGACGUCCUUGGCAAGUGGAGCGACUGAGGGAACCGGCUGGGCCAUGGCCGGAGUCGUCAGGUGCCGGCCUCUCGUAGUCACUGUUAUAGCUUACACCAGAGUUUUGUAAUCACUCCAUCGUCAUAUUCCGAAGGGUGCGGGGCACCGUCGUGUUGGCAACAAACGCAUGCUGCAACCUGCUUUUGAUAAAAAAAAGAAAUAAAAGAUGGGAGCAGUG